GGCGUGGCUUGAGGCGGCCUAGCCACCGCCUACCCGGGUCUGAACCGCGGUGGCGGCGGCGGAGGACCUCUGGGCUCACUGGCCGCGCUCGCUGCCCAGCAGAAGUCGCAGCUGCAAUCAGCUCCAGGCCGGGGCCAUGGGCGCCCUGCGCCACCCGGGUCAUGAGGACGGAGGCAGAGGUAGCGGGGCAGCCGCUCGAGCCCGGGGACUUUGUGCAGCUGCCAGUGCCCAUCAUCCAGCAGCUGUAUCACUGGGACUGUGGCCUGGCCUGCUCCAGGAUGGUGCUUCGGUACCUGGGCCAGCUAGACGACGGGGAGUUUGAACAUGCCUUGCGGGAGCUGCACCUGACCAGAAGCAUCUGGACCAUCGACCUGGCCUACCUGAUGCGCCACUUUGGUGUGAGACACCGCUUCUGUACCCAGACUCUGGGUGUUGACAAGGGUUACAAGAACCAGUCCUUCUAUAGGAAGCACUUUGACACGGAGGAGACCCGAGUGAACCAGCUGUUUGCACAAGCCAAGGCCUGCAAGGUGCAAGUAGAGAAAUGCACAGUGAGUGUGCAGGACAUCCAAGCACACCUGGCACAGGGCCACGUGGCUAUCGUGCUGGUGAACUCCGGGGUGCUACACUGUGACCUGUGCUCCAGCCCUGUCAAGUACUGCUGCUUCACCCCCAGUGGCCACCGCUGCUUCUGCCGCACCCCCGACUACCAGGGCCACUUCAUCGUUCUGCGCGGCUAUAACAGGGCUACAGGCUGCAUUUUCUAUAACAACCCAGCCUAUGCUGACCGAAUGUGUAGCACCAGCAUCAGUAACUUCGAGGAGGCCAGAACUAGCUAUGGCACAGAUGAGGACAUCCUUUUUGUCUACCUGGACAGCUGACAGCAGGAGCCUGGCAUGCCAGGUCCUCAGACCCUGUGUUCUGUCUCAGCCAGGCCCACUCAGGAUGCCCAUGCCCAGGGAUGCUGGGGCUGGGGUUCAGAAUUGUAGCCUCAGCCUGUUUGGCAACGUUCUUGGGAACUCUGUGACUGCUUUGUCCACCAGUGUCAUCAUGCCAUUCGUCCUAAACACCUUGUAGUUGCUGGAGACAACUCAAGAGCAUCAAAAGGGGGUUAUCUCUCAAGACCCUAAGACUGACUCCAGCUGUGCCCCGUGGAAGACCUCAAGUCUGCCUCCAGCUGUGCCCAAGGCAGGAACCCCGGAAGAAAAGCGUGUUUGGGAAGAGCAAUGCAAAUUCCGGGCUGUGGCUCUGGGCCACUCUGAGCCAUAGUGGAUGGUCUCACUGCUCUGUCCUGCCUCUGAUGGACUCAGGUCUCUGGGACUGCUUACUAGGCCUUGUUAUCAUGCAGCGUAAGCAUACCUCACAGCCACUCUGAGGCUCUCCGACCCCUGGGAUGCCGAUGCCUUCUUAGCCUCUAGGUACCUUCUGUAGAGUGGAAAGCUUUUACGAGUGGGCAGGGCCGAAUGGGUGAGAGGGGAAGAGAAUGUUUUAGGAACAAGAAGUUGACUAGAGACUUCCCCAGAGAGCCCCUGCCUCCACAAGGCCUCCUGAUACCAGCUUGACUUCCUCAGCAAGACCUGCCCUCUAAAUCUGGGAGCCUUCUGAGGCUGGGUGCUAGAGGGCCCGGGCUCCUAAAACAGCAGGCAGCUCCCUACCCACCCUGGUGCGCACACCAGGAGCAUUUGCACAGAAUACCGGGUCUCUUCUGUCUUGAAGAGAGGCAGUGUCAGAGUCACACAACACAGCAGGUAGCAUCCACUAGAGGUAGUUAAUUUGUGUUGUUUUGCUCUUGGUAGCAAGGGUGUUUUAGUGAGACUCCGGUCUCCACUGUGUGGGGAGUCAGACAAGAAUAGAUACAGGUACUUUGAAACCACUAACCCUUCUUUACAUGGGGCACCUCAGCCAGUCCAAAUCCUUUCUUAAUAAGAUGGCUGGUCUGGCCUGGCCUGGCCAGCAGUCUGCAUGCUGAAGCUGCACCAAAGACAAGUGAGUGAGUCACUUCUAAAGACACCAGGGAGCCCACUCCUCAUGGGCUUUCCCUGGUGAAGAAUAAAGGGUACCCCCAACGGCCUCUCACCGUCACUGUCCUCCAGGGGCCUUGGACUUUCAGUACUCAAGGCAUGACGUGGCAGUAGCUGCUUCCCCUCCUACUAGCUGCCCCCUCAUGGUAGUCUGGGGGACAGAGGUGGUCUGUGUUUACAAGGGCAGUCAAGACCAGUUACCCAUAUUAUUGGUCAAUAUUAGACGAAGCCUUGGGCUGAAGGGAGGUGCUGUCGGCUAGGCAGCUGCUCUGGGUUUCAGAGAGUAGUUUUGUUUUCAAUCUGGUCUCAUUUCCAUUGUCUUAAUGCUGAGUGGUCAGGGCCCCCAAGGAACUCUGGAUGUAAGCUCAGAAGUCCCACACAGCAGCUAUGGGUAUGGGUGUCCUCCGAGGAGGCUGUGGUGGAACCGUGAGACUAUAGGCAGAGGGAAAGCCUUCACAGCAAGUGGAUGGGCUGAGGCGUGGCACACACCCACGCGAGUGCUCAUGGGAAAUGGCCUCCACAGAAGGUGGCCAUCUUCAUCCUCUAGGACGUUUAAAAAAUGCUCAGUCCCUGGACCCAAAUAAUGGCUUCUCAGGGCAAGUCACAGGUCAUCAGGUCCACGUGUCUGUAAAAAUAACAAGAAAGCUGCUGUCUUUGAGAUCCACCUGCCUGAGGCAGGGCACGGGGCACACUGUUAUACUGCACCAGCCAUGAAUUGGGCUAGAGGAAGCCUUGUCAUCAGAUACUUACCAUAGCAUGUGCUUCUCAGACUCUUCAGCUUCCGUGCAUCCCAGCAUAGGCUCUGAGGCCACAUGGGAACUCUAGAUGGUUCUGAUCACUCUAGCCGCAGGAGGAUGAAAGGGAUCUUUUGCAUAGCAGAGGAUUUUAUACAUAAAUAUAUUUUGUUUGUAAUGAGCCAUUCUCAAUAAAUAUUCUCACCAUACA